AUGAACACCUCAGCUCCAGACACAGGAGAAAACGUGCCACCUUUGGAGGGAGGUUUGGUGGUGACCCAGAUACCAAUUUAUACCCUUAAUGGCGUCGGGUCGGGUGCAAUUCCGCUGACAGUUGGUUGUCAGUCGAUGAGGGUCCGGUGUCCAUCCUGCAAGGGUGAAGUGGAGACCAGCUUGUUGACCGCUCCCACUCGCAAGACCCAUCUGUGCGCCAUGACCUUGUACAUUUGUUGCUGUUGGCCAUUCGUGUGCUUACCGUACUUCAUAAAUUACUGCAAGAGUGUCCAACACUACUGCCCCAAUUGUGGGCACUUUAUCGGAAGUUAUUCUUUUUGAUUUUCAUUAAAUUGCCCCUCGAAAUUUACGUUUACUGAUAUUAAUACAAAAGCUAUGCACAAAAAAGUUUUAUUGUUUGUAUAUCUUAACUCAUUGCUGGGAAUCCCCUUUUGAAGAGAUGGCACUUUUCACCAUUUUUAUUGUUAAUAUUGGGAGCCCCAUGUAAGAGAUGAGGUUACCUUAACCGAUACUAUUUUAAAAUAUAACAGCGAUAGAAAAUUA